CAUCAAAUAAAACAGUUUUUUAAAAUAAUUUAUCAGUAUUAAGAUAUCUGGGCACUCUAAACUGUUCUUCAAUUAUUUCCAAGUAAAAUAAAGUAACAUUCAUAAGCACUAACACAUGCCAACCACUUUAUACAGGUAACCUCUAUUUUACAGUUUCUGAUCCUUCUAGAUAACAUAGAAUAUCUUUUCUCCUGAAAACACCCUGACAGUUAUUUCUAGGGGUUCUUAGGGGGUGCCUCAUGUGUUAAUGGGGAAGUUCUCCCUGCUCCCCCAUGACUCUGACCACUCAUUUUUUUCAGUUUCUUACUUUGCCUGCUUCAGGCCCUCUUCAGUGACAUGACCGAAGCUGAGUGAUGUCCUCUCCCCUUCGCUGUGUGCAUGGCCCACACCUGCUACUGACAACUGCUAAUACUUCCCUAGUAUGUCAUGGAAACUGACUGUCCAGUGCUCUGCCAACACCCUCACUUCUCAUUUUCUGAAUCCUUGAGAGUCCGUGGAGUACCAGCUUCCCUGAUUUCAUCUGGUCUGGGCAGCAGAGUGGAGGAGGCCUGGCUCUGUGCCAGUUUGACUUGUACCUCAUUUUGUCACCUGGACCACCAUGACUUGCAUACCCUUUCCUGUGUUUCUCUUAGAAGCUUAGUGAAAACAAACUUUCUAUUUCUCAUACACGCCUCCUCCCAUCCUUGAAUCUGGCUCUUGGAAUUAGUCAUGAAGAUGGGAUCCUUGAUCUCCCGCCAAGGUACCUCUCAUCCAGUGUGAGAACUGUGUGCCGAAAUGCUCCCCUCUUUUUCUAGACAUCCCAGUCUGUGAGUUCCAAGAUUAGCCUCUUUUAUCCAGGACCUAUAUUUCACCAUAUUAUUCCCGCUUUAAAAAUUAGAAAGCUGAAGCAGAAGGAGAGUUACUCUAUUUGUCUGAGUCAGUCACACUGACAGUAAUGAAGUCAAGGUUCCAACUGAGGUCCCUCUGAUUCCAGAGACAAGUUAUCUCACAACUAUACUUCAUGAGCUUCAAGAGAUACAAAAAUGAAAAAACAAGGUCCCCUUCCUUAAGGAAUUCACAGCCUAGAAGCAGAGUCUACCAACUGUAGAUUGGCUCAUUUGUAAAUGUUGACAAUGGCCACUGGCUGAUGGGAUUAACAAUGGGACAAUGGGAAUUUCAGAGGAUCUGGUCUUGUGGAGUACUUUUGCUCUGGGCAAGCUUUUUGCGACCCAGUUUGGUGCCUAAAUUGGGAUGUGCAUUAGAAUGUCCUGUUACAAAUACAGUUCCCAGAACCUUAUCUCAGACCUAUCAAAUCAGAAUUUUUAGAUGUGGGGCUCAGGAAUCUUUAAUAGACUGCUCAGGUGAGUCUUUUGCCGUCAGCCCACAUUGCUCCUAAGAUGGAUAUUUGGGACUCACCUUCUUAGAAAUUGUUGCAGAGGAAUCUGCUUUAGAGACCACUAACUUCUUGGAGGAGACAGAGGAGGAAGUAAAGCAAAGGAGACGAGAGCCAGCAGUUGAGAAAAGGUGUCAAGGGAAUAGGCUUAGAAACUCGAGCUAUGUGAUGAAAUAUUAGACUCCAUUAUGAAACACCUGCACAGAAAGGCAGAUGGGAGAGACUGAGGUUCUUCCCAGACCUCUUAGCAGCAUCUGCUGGUAGCUCUGGCACCGGGGACUUACAAAGAAAAAGCAGCAGAUGGUUUUUGUGCAGAAAAUUUCAACUUUCAACAAUAGGCUGGGAUGUUUUUGUUUUUGCUUAUUUUUUUAGGCUAGGCAAGUAAAGCAGUGGAAGUGAAGAAGGAACAAAGAAAUCUGUAAGUUGUUGUGAUCUAUUAGUUGUAAACACCACUGCACUCGGACCAGCCUAGGCCGGGCUGUUUUAAAUGAUAUAAAUUAGCAACCAGCAGGCAAGCAUUCAGUGCUUCUACGUUUGCAUGUAAGUUCAGCAAGCCACCCUGCUUUAGACUGCCUCCUGCAGCUGAAUUCAGGGUGAGUAUUUGGGGAGUCUGGGCUGUCAUUGUCUAAUAGAAAUGGUCUGCUUUCUGAUCAUCUGCCUGUAGGACACCUGGGGAAGGCUGCUUUCAUCUUGCUGUGCGUGACUCUCUCAUCUCAGUAUGUAAUACAGUUCUCUGAGGGACCGGUAAUCAUCCUCCCAAGUGGCUUAUUGCUCAGAAACACAGAUUUUUGUCAGAUGCAUCAACCUAACCAAGAGAUUGUUUAGAGACUAGUUUGGGGGCAGAAUGCACAACUUGGCUGCCAGAGUAAGGGUCCAGCUAAUGUGAAUUUAGUGUUUCUUGAUUCCUUCAAGAAAUUUUUUUUCUGGGACUUAAAGCAUGGGAGCAGGGCGAGCUGGGCUGGCAUGGCGAUGUUUCUAUCUGGGCUGAAGAAGGAAGUCCCCACUAUGACUGAAGGAAAGCAACAGGUUCCUAAAGAGAAUAGUAUUUUCGUUUGUUGAUUAGUAAUUUUAUCUGCCACAGGUGAUUUUUGUUCUUUUAUUCUUUGUUUUCUGCCUCCUUGGGUCGGUGCCCUGCCAGUUCUUGAUAUCCCUUUCUUUUAACAGGUCAGCAUCUCCCAGUGGCAUAGACUUGAUCUCCUUCACUGUGCGAGCCUGGGGGUCUGGGACCUCCAGCCUCAACAACAGGGCUUUGGUCAUAGGCUGUUUCUGUAUUGCUGAGAGCUCCCUCCCCAACCACUUCCAGGCUAAUCCUUUGGGAGGCAGCAGCUUGAGGCUGUUUUUGAUUCAGCCAGUCUGUUACUUACAUAGAUAGCGAAGGCAAGAGAAGCUAAAAAUGUCAGCCCUCUGGGUUCUUGUGCCAUGUGCCAAAAGGAUGACACUAAAACAAGAGGGGCAAGAUGACUUCAACACCAGUUGUGGGACACCCUGUUGCUAAAGAACCAAGUCUACACUGUAGCUAAACAGCCAUACAGCUGCAGCUCUGCCCUAAGGAGGCGCGAUGGGUGAACUGUAAAGCUCUGUGUUUCUCUGGAACCUGGGAGGUCUAUAAGAAAACUUCUUCGUGGAAUCCCCUCACAAGAUACAGAUGAAACAAACAAUCUUGUGAAGCCUCCUCUGAAGAUUGCCUACCUUGCCAUUCUCCUAGAAGGAUCACAGGGCAUCCCAUCCAGAUUUAGGUCAUAUAGCCAUGCAAGCUUUGCCUGUAUAUUCUAUGUGGAUACAUGUGAGAUCUCCAGGGUACUGUGGUGGAGCCAUUCUCCUGCAAAUGGUCUUAAGAACCAGACCAAAGGAUUUAGGUUUACCCUUAAAUGAAUCUGGGAGCUACUGGAAGUUUAAAGCAGGAGAGUAAUUUGAGUAUUUUUGAGUUUUGUAGAGAUCUGUCUGAUAAGAUUGUAGAGAUUAUAUAUAUAUAUAUAUAUGUAAAAAACCAUAAGGAGGAAGAAAGAUUUGGAGGAAAAGGAUGAUAGUUUGUGUGAAUGAAGAAGAAAGUACAAUCACGUAGGAACACGUGGAAUGUGAAGGGCUCCAUGUGCCGUGCAAGUGACAGGCCUUUGCCCUCAUGAAGUUUACAGAUUAACAGGAGAGAGAAAACAUAGCAUAAAUGGUUCUAAUACAAGGUUCAAUAUAGUAAGUGCUCUGAGAGGCAUAGUGGAGAACCCAGAAGAAGGAGAGCCCUCUUCAGCUGGGUGUCCUCGCGUAUAGUAAGUGGUUUAUUGAUAAGGACAAUGCAGUGUUGGACAGGGUAAGCUUUAGGGCUCUUACAAGUUAACAUUCUGGAAAUCUAUGAGGACUAGCUCAGAGAGGCAAUGAACCUUAUCAACUAACAAAGGUAUGAAUCUACAUAGUUGUAUAUAGAUGGAUUAUUUGGGAUUAAAUUGAAAAUAAGACAACAGAAAUGCAAUAUAAGAAACAGGAAAAAGUCAUAUAGGUUAAGCAUGGUGAGAGGUGGCAAGGAGGAAGUUUGAGGGCUUUGGAUGUUGGGGGCAGGGUCAACUUUCCAUUUACCACUGGAAAUAUUAAUAGAUGGGUCCUCGCCUCCCACUUUGCACCCUCACAUUUUGGCAUUUCCAUUUUACUUUGUUGUCCUUCCUCCACCCAAGGUGGGGGGACAGUCAAUACCCAUUGCCUCAGAAAGAGGUGGCAUAUCAAAAAGAGAAAAACAGAAAAUCUUCUCCUGGCUUUUGAGUUACAAAAAACCUAAUGGCUUAUAUGUAGUCAUGAAAUCACAAAUGGGUGUGUUUCAUUUGGUUUAUACCUUGUUUUGUUGUUUUGCUUAACGGAACACAUUUGAAUGCUUAUAGACUGGGCAGGUAGUCUUUAGUUCACUAUAGUCCUGUAUUUCAUUCAUAACUAGCCUUUAUCUACAAAUUCAUAUUACCUGCCUGUCCCCAACAGGUAUCUGAAUUUGGAACCUCUGGCAUACAUUGUAAAACAAGUUUGGAAGAAGACAUAACAAUGUAUGAGCAGGGUUUCCCAACCCCAAGUCUUUUAGCAUCGUAGAAGUCACAAGAAAUUCACUUGCACUGCAAGGAAAAACAAGGUUCUCUGAAUUCUAUGAUUAUACCUCUGCCACCUGGAGAAACAAGGGCUCAAAAUAGAAAUUACUUGGCAUCUAGAAAAAAAUACAUUUUGUGCACAUGUAGGUUUGUGGGCUAUAAUUCAAUAUUACUAUUUCAUUAUAUGUACUGUCAAAGUAUGCACCGGAGUGUAUAUUUAACUGAAGGCUUCAGAGCCCUUUGUCUCCCCACCACUGAGCUCAGGGUCCCAUCUCUACUGCUCCCUCUCCUCAGCUCUGGGAGCUCCCGGUGGCAGCACUGCAACCUCAGUCUCUCUGUGACCUGCAGGUACUGGGAAAUCUGUAGGAAGGAUGAUGGAUAACCCAGAAGCCAGGAAAUGGUACUGGAGGAUCCAUAGGGCAGGAAGCACCACUUGGUCCCCUUGCCAGUUGCCAAUGUUGCAGCUGACAGCCACACCAGCAAGUGCCCUUGCAGAUGAUCCAGUGCACAUCCGAGUGACAGGCCUACCCCCAUUCCAGGUGGUGACCCUCAAGGCCUCGCUGAAGGAUGAGAAGGGUAAUCUGUUCCAGUCCAAAGCCUUCUACAAGGCCAAUGGGGCUGGCCAGGUGGACCUGGAGCAGACUCCGGCACUCGGUGGCGACUACGUAGGGGUCCAUCCGAUGGGCCUCUUCUGGUCUCUGAAGCCUGAAAAGGCUUUCCAGAGGCUACUCAAGCAGGAUGUGAUGCACAGCCCCUUUUGGGUCACUCUGGACCUAUAUGAUUCCAUUUGCUUCCAUGAUUCACCCACAGUUCAACCAUGGGCCAGCCAGAUGGUGCAGCGCUGGUUCUCGGGCCCUGGGGUACAGAGGAAGCAGAUCCGAGAAGGUCGAGUGCGAGGAGCCCUUUUUCUUCCUCCAGGGGAAGGCCCUUUCCCAGGAGUCAUUGAUUUGUUUGGGGGCUUUGGGAAUCUAAUAGAAUUUCGGGCCAGUCUUUUGGCAACCCGUGGCUUUGCAGUGCUGGCAUUAGCAUAUGUUGCCUAUGAAGACCUGCCUGACAAACUGCUGGAGGUGGACUUGGAAUAUUUUGAGGAAGCUGCCAACUUGCUACUAGCUCACCCCAAGAUCCAAAAGCCAGGAAUUGGAGUGAUCUCCUUGUCCAAGGGUGCAGAGAUCGCGCUGGCCAUGGCCUGCUACCUGAAGCAAGUGGUAGCCACCAUCUGCAUUAACGGGUUCAAUGCCGUCUCCAAUGUUCCGCUCAGGUACAGGGAUCUGGUUGUGACACCCAUCCGCUCAGGUGGGGAGCGCAUGCAGGUGCACAUCUCUGGAGCUGUGUGCUAUCGCCACUGUCACGGAGAUCCCCGGGAUCAGCUGAAUCGGCAGAGCGUGCUUCCUGUUGAAAAUGCCCAGGGCUGGAUCCUUUUCAUCGUUGGAGAAGAUGACGAAUGCAUCAAUAGCAAAGCCUAUGCUGAGCAGGCCAUGGACCAGCUGCAGAGCCAUGGCAGAAGCUGCGGAAGGAUUCUAGUGUACCCAGGUGCAGGCCACCUCAUAGAGCCACCCUACGCUCCUUUGUGCUUCGCGUCCUGGGUCCGGGGCUUUUCCUGGCCCUUCCUCUGGGGAGGGGUCCCUGCUGCCCACGCCGCAGCCGAGGAGCACGCCUGGGGAGAAAUCCAGAAAUUCUUCAGGCAACAUCUCAUUCAGACCAGAUGCAAACUCUGAGCCAGGGCUGAGUGAUGAUGGGGGUUGGUGGGGCAGAAGAGACCCGAGUUGGGGAAUAACUAGGAUAAGGCAAGAACGAGGGGGGAGAGGGUUUCUCCCUGGCUUCGCUAGAUUCACACUCAUCUUGAAUCAGCUGGAAGUCAGACUAAAGGAAAGGGCCGGGGCACACUUGCAUCUGAAGUAUUUCUGAAAAAUUUGUGCUUCAAAUUUUUGUACAUGGAAUCUUAGUUUAUGCAUACUAGGGUACACUGCCAUUUCAAAGUCAUGAUAGCCUUGGAAACCGAAUAAUCUUUUAUAUCUCAGUUAGAAAUAUUUUGGAUCCAGGCAUUGCCAAUCUAGAUGAAUUCCCUGGAACUCCAAGUUGCUUGCAAAAGUACAUCUUCUGUUUAAGCCAUUUUGAGUUGGGUUUCUGAUCCUUGAUAUGAAAAGUUCUAAUACCACUAUUGAAUGUAAUGUUUGCUGUAGAUUUUCAGUAGGUACUUAAAAAAACAUUUUUUUUUUGCUAGAAUAGUGAUGCUUUUCUUUAUUUCUUUCUCUCCCUCUCUCUGUCUCUCUAUGUAUAUAUUACCAUUUUAAUCAGGAAUAGGAUUGAAUUUAAUCGAAUGCUUUUUAGUAUUUAUUAAAAUUAAAUCUGUUAAUAAUUUUAAAGCUGUUACUACAGCAUCUGGCACAUAGCAAUUACUGUUAUCAGAGUUAGCCAUUAUUAUUUACAUAACGCUUUUCCUCUUGAAUGUGGUGAAUUGCAUUCAGUAGUAGACUAAUUUUGCUUAUUUAUCUAAUUUUGAUGGAUGAAUUUCUCAUAUUGACUAAUUUGUGUUUUCUUUUGGAGCCAAUCUAGUCAUUUAUAUUUCUCAGAAUUUCACCAUGUUUUCUAGAACAUAUUUUUUUCUCUUAUAAUUUUUUACAUAGCCCCUGUUGUUGAUAUGCAUAUU